AUGGAUCACAAUUCACGCUUCGCCAUGUCCCUGGCGUGGCUCGAGGCCCGCUGGGCACUUCCCUUUCCCGAAAACGAAAGCGCGUACAAGUUCAGGCCAGCCGACGUGGAGCGGCGCAUGGUGGCGCUGGAGAGUAGAGCCGGCGGCAUCACGCUGCCGCCGCCGUCCGAGACGUGCUCGCACAACGGGCUGGCCUGGCGGAUCAUGCGCGUGCAGAACACCCGCAAACUCCUGUCAAGCAAGCUUUCCACAGGAGAUUUGCGCGAGUGUUCGCGCAUCGUUGACGAGAACGCCGUCACCGCGCUCAGCAUACGCUACGCCGCCGAGAACAUCCUCCUCACCGCGUUGCCGUCGGCGCCGCGGCUGCGCUGCCCGAAUCCCGACUGCGACAACGGGGCACAGUGCCGCGAUUGCUGGAUCGUCGCGAUGCAGCUGCUGGGGUACGCUGCCGGCCACCACUCCUUCAUGUUACCCGAGGAUGAGCUCACCCACAGCUUAACGUGGGCGUAUGCGCGGCUUCUCACUGACUUGAUCGAGACGCGGCUUCUCGCGGCCUGGGUCGAGAAGGCGCGGGGAGGCGCGAAUGAGCCGGAGGAGUGCGACGAGUCUGUGUCGCAGCGGGAGCCGCCACUGCCGCCGCAAAACAGGGAUAAAUCCAAGUAUUGCCGUGCAGAGCGCCGCAGGGCCGCCGAACGACGCCGGAGGGCCGGGAGGCGGCAACCAUGCCGAGUAAUGAUGAUCGAAACGCGAGACAGGCAAGGCCUUCUGAUCCAAGGCACUCCCAGGAGCCUCACGAAGCCCAAGGCGCUCACGUUCCCUACGACGGUCCAACAGACCCUCGAAAUGGUCAUGGAGGAUGUCUUGACCCCCAUCCACGGUACAAUUCGCGACCUGCGGCCGUCUCAGCCUAUCGAGGACCUCCGCCCAACCAGCAUCCUUAUCCUCAUCCAGCAGCCAUGUCCGACCAAGUCAGCGCGAGCGAGGCUGCUUCCAGGCAGAGACGGCCCUCGGGACACGCGUCACAUCACCGCAAUUCUUCGGGAGGUGCUCACUCUUCCGCUGGGCGUCGACCAGCAAGGAGCUGCUCGCCAUCGAGGCAACUCCCAGACGACCGCUGCCAACCAAAACAGAGCUCCGAGCAGCCUAGAGGCAGCUGCGGCCAACCACCGCGCGAACCCACCAGCGCCAGCGGUGGUGGGCAUUCCCUCCAACGCCGGAUCCGCGUUCAUCUCCGCCGCCUCCCAGGCAGAGGAGUCCAGCUCUAGCUCCAGCUCUAGCUCCAGCCCCGACAAGGACGUUUGUCGUCAAAAGCGCCUUCAAAAGCGCGCUGCCGGAAAAGCUCUCGCCCGACCCGCCGCCGACGCUGGACCCAGUGGCCACGUACAAGUCGGGGGCUCUGGCUCCGCUGGCCAUUCCGCCAACGAUCCGGCGGUCGGGGGUCCUGGGGGUCCCGCGGUGCCGGGAAGGGGCCGCACAGCACCGGCCAGAGGGAGGGAGCCCCCGAACGCCACAACUCAUCCACGAGCAGGAACGCGUCUGUAG